AUGACGACUGAGUUGUCGGAAAUCUUUGCGGAGUUGGGCAUCUCUCAUUACCUCCUCAACUUCGUCGAGCAGGGGUUUGAUACAUGGGAUACAAUACUUGACAUCACAGAAUCCGACUUCGAUGCUCUCGGCGUGAAACUCGGCCAUCGUCGGAGACUCCAGAGGAAGAUCGCUAAUUCAAGGGGUCUAUCAUCGGAUAGGGCUCUUGCAUCUCCGACUAGCACAACACCCGAUACUCAUGGAGAUGAACCGAAAGCAGCAGGGAGAGAUGCUAAGGAGGCGAGUAGUGGGCCACAUGGAGCAAAGAGAAAGUAUAGGAGACAUCCCAAACCAGACGAGAGUGCACCAGAGCGGCCUCCUUCGGCAUACGUUAUAUUUUCAAACAAAAUGCGCGAAGAUUUGAAAGGACGUGCCUUGUCGUUCACUGAGAUCGCCAAGUUGGUCGGCGAAAACUGGCAGAAUUUAUCCCCAAGCGAGAAGGAACCAUAUGAGCACCAGGCAUACACAGCAAAAGAGCGUUACAAUAAUGAAUUGGCCGAAUACAAGAAGACGCAAAGUUUCAAAGACUAUUCGCAAUACCUCGCCGACUUUAAACAGAAGCAAAACCAACAAUUAGCGACUGAGAUGGAUGUUUCGAAAAGACCCAAACUCGAAGCCCAUGCGAGUACAGCAAGCAGCGGAACAGCAAGCAGUGGCGGUAGUCAAACUGGUAUGGAUUCUUCUAUGGGUCGUAUGCGUGUAGAUUCCUCCGCAUCUUCGAUGUCUCAAUGGCGUCCAUCAACUUCACCCUCCUCCGCUGCGUUGACGCCGGCAUCUAACUUGUCAGCCGUGCAAAAUAAUCCAAAAGUGACAGGGCUACAGGGAAGGAUGGAUUCAGGAUCACCAAUUGAGAUGCCAACAGUCCUCCCUGGUUAUCGUGAGUCUAUGCUGGGGUCAGGAGCGCACCAUUGGCGAGAGGAUCAUCGCGAGGAAGGUACCAAUGGGAAACAAACAUCACACGCAGCCACUGGCGAAAGGCGCUUCAGUCAAUCAAGUCCUAUCACUGCCGCCCUACAAGAUCCGCAUUCGAUUAUGAACGACUCGAAACAACAUCGCCGCAAUCUUCAAAGUAAUCUGAAUCCUACGCCACCAUCACUAACUUCGGAAUCAACGGUGCAAUCUACUAGUUCCACAAACAGUAAUUCUUCCAUGUACGGUGGACCUCGGACACCUAUAGAACCAGAUUUCAAUCGGGCUCUUCCGAUCCCGACAUUAUAUCCGUCAAGAUCCGGAAACUACGAAGGGCAUUUAUCAUUUUUAUCGGCGCCUCCAACCUUAUCACCCCAAAACUCGCUACUUGGUAGUCAGCAGUCACCGAAAGUAGUCAAUCAACCGCAGGAUUUCCCGACCACAAUGCCGCCUAUGCGAAGAUAUAGUGAAAUUCCCCAAAGUAUCUCGAAUGCUAUGGGUAGUACCAUUGGCCGAUCCGACGUGGCGAGACCCGAAAAACGGUCAAUUGAUAAUCCGCAUGCUCAGCCAAUCAAUAAUUACGGUUUGACCGGGGAAGAGGUCGACCUGGAUCCUAUCAACGCUUUAUUGAGAGCUGGAGAAAUAGUGAAUCGUAACAGCCGCGAGAGACAACUUUGA